AUGACGACCAAUUCCUCUUCUCCCGCCGCUGCAGCUACUGCUGGCGGUGCUGCUGCUCCCGCGGCGGCUGCUGCCAACGGUGCUGCCCCGGCCACCGAAGAUAGUGCAGCAGCUUCUACUAUUACCGUGAACACGAAGACGCCUGCCAAUUUUCCUCCCCCCAAAACCGAUAAGCCCCGCCCUCAUGUGUGCGCGACUUGUCAGCGCUCCUUCGCCCGAUUGGAGCAUCUGAAACGCCACGAGCGCUCCCACACCAAGGAGAAGCCUUUUGAGUGCCCUGAAUGCACGAGAUGCUUCGCUCGUCGCGAUCUGCUGCUGAGACACCAGCAGAAGCUUCACCAGACGACCACCCCUUCUUCGCGCCCCCGCAAUCGCCGUGAGAGCGCCAGCGGCGUUGCACCUGGAACGAGCCGCGCCCGCAAGAACAGCGUCGCUGGUCCCAACGCUGCUGCGGCUGCAAACGCCGCGGCUUCCAUGCGUCCCAGAGCCAACACCAUCAGCCAUGUCGACCAAAAUGCCAUGCAAAUGAUUGCGGCCGCCAAUGCCCAGGUAGCGAGGGGCAUGCCGCCUGGCACACACAGCCGUCACCCUAGUUUGGUGGGCUUGCCCGUGCACAAUAUGGACUUUGGUGGCAUGUCAGCCGCCAUGGGCCAGCGCGGCAUGGCUCACGGUUUGCCAAAGCUCGAGACGCAUGGCAUCAACAACAUGGACUUCAGCGGCUUGCGGACCGCUCCGCCGAUGGCCGUGUUCAACCCGGACUUCGACUUCGAGGGGCUGUUGUUCGGCCCGGGCUCCACCAUCAACCCUAAUGCUCUCCACUAUAACGACUCGCCCCAGUCCAUGGCCUUGGAUCAAGCUUCGCCCUUCCAUGGCCUGACCAGCGACAUGUCGUCUACUCAACUGGACGACAGCUUCGACUGGUUGACCGGUUUUGAGCAUCAGAUGUCGUUUCAGGGUGCCGACAAUGCCGUAGACGGAUCCAGCCCGUCCGCCAUCAGCACCACCAGCCAGAGUGGCAUUAGCGAUGUCAUGGUGGACGGCUCCAACCACCCCCCGGCUGGCACCAGCUCCAUGUGGCAGCCGGCCGUAAUGGGUCCUCCCCAAGUCCCGAACCCUUUUGCCCUGGACAUGAAUGGUUCCGUCUUUCCCGAUCUCAUGAACGGCGCCCCCGUGUCGCCCCAGCCGUCUACCCAGAAACUCAAUGAUGCCUACUUUUCGACGCCUCCCCCUUCUCUGAGCUCUUUGAGUCCGUCCAUGGUCUCGGGUCUAAACAACACCCAAAACUUGAACCAGGCGCUCAACUUCAACAAUGCAGGACCCGAGACCCCCUCGUCUCUCAAUGGUGGAAACCAUGGCGUCUCGCCUGUCUCCACCAUCACGGAUACUACCCGGAGUGCCAUCGUCGGUGCCCUUUCGCAGUGCGCUCCUUUUGGUGGACGGAGAUACUCAUUUGCGACCCCAAGCUCGCCGUUGUCGCCAGGAUUUCAGAACACAGCCAACAGUGUUCCUGACCAUGUAAAGAAUUUACCUAGCACUCAAGACUUACAACGAUAUGUUGGCGCUUAUCUUCGUUACUUCCACCCUCAUCUGCCGUUUUUGCACAUUCCCACUUUGAAUUUUGAGAUGCCGCCCUCCGCUACCAACCGAUCCAACAGCGUCGGUGGGAGCGGGUGUCUCAUCCUUUCCAUGUCUGCCAUUGGCGCCUUGUACGAAAUGGACCACGUCCAAUCUCGGGAAUUGUUUGAGAUGGCCAAGAAAAUGAUCCAGUUGUAUCUAGAGGAGAGGCGGAAGGCCGAUGUGAGAAAGGCAGACUUACGCAGAACUCCAGCAUCCGAGCCGAACUCUCACACCCAGGAAUCCUCAGUCCACACCCCGGUCUGGCUCGUCCAAGCCAUGCUUCUCAACGUCGUCUACGGCCACAAUUGCGGCGACAAGACAGCCAGCGAUAUCGCCUCAACCCAUUGUGCAGCCCUUGUCAGCCUGGCUCAGGCUGCCGACCUCCUCCGUCCUAUUCGCGUCGAGUCUAACGAGACUCAUGACACUCACAUGCGUGAUGAUGCCAACUGGCCCGGCAUGCGAACGGAUUCUGAAGAGCAGGCCGAAUGGAUCCAGUGGAAGACGAUGGAAGAGCGCAAGCGCACCCUUUAUGUCGUCUUCAUCCUUUCCAGUCUCCUGGUUGCAGCAUACAACCACACGCCCGCACUCACCAACUCGGAAAUUCUGCUUGACCUGCCAUGCGACGAAGAGUUCUUCUCCGCUGAGAGCAGUACUGCAUUUGCGGCAAAGGGUGGCAUUCGCGCGGCUAACCACAAUCGCAUGACAUUCCACGAGGCUUUGGGGGAGUUGCUGAGGACGAACGAAAAGCAACAAAAGCAGAAGGCUUUCAAUGCGCAGCAAGGAUUCGGGCCAGGAGUUAAUAUCCACGACAUGCCCACCAGCGACUUGAAGCCGUCUACGUUCGGAUGCUUGAUUCUGAUUAACGCGCUGCACAACUACAUUUGGGAAACCCGACAACGCCACCACAACAAGGUCUGGACAAAUGAGGAAACGGAAAAGAUGCAUCGCCAUAUCGAGCCGGCCCUCAAGGCGUGGCAGGCGGCAUGGGCAAGCAACCCGAACCACAGCUUGGAGCGACCGAACCCCUUUGGCCUGGGCCCGCUAUCUGCCGACGCCAUUCCGUUGCUUGAUUUGGCCUACGUUCGUCUUUUUGUAAACUUGGCUCGAUCAAAGGAGAAAUUCUGGCAACGCGAUUGGGACGCCAUGGCGGAGGAGCUCUCGCGAGGUAGCGAAAUUGUUCAGCACGCCGAGCACUCACCCGCCUCAAACACUGAAUCAAAUGGCACAGACCCUUCUGAUAACUCGGUCUCCAGCUCGGUCUUUGCCGAAUCGCCAGCCACGCAGUCCUCAUCCCCGGAAUUCUCUUCGGCAAAGUUUCCACCCCCGACCCAAGCCGCUCCGCAGCUCACCAACCGCUCUACAUCGCGCAGAGAGAAGCACCUAAGGAAGGCCGCCUUCUACGCCGCUGACUCUCUCGCGAUGUCCGACAAGCUUGGUGUUACUUUUGCCGAUUUCUCCAGCCGCGAGCUGCCUCUUCAGUCGGCAAUGUGCGCUUUUGACUGCGCUCAGGUAUUGGCCGAGUGGGUCGCGACUCUGCAAGAUCGCAUCGGGCGAUAUCUGGGAAUUUUAGGUCAAGAUGAAGUUGAUCUAUCCCAAGUACCAGCAAUCAUGCUUCUGGAGGAGGAAGACGUCAAGUUGUUGGGCAAGGUUCAGGAGGUGUUGGCCUCGGCUGAGAUGAAGAUGAAUUUGGAAGUCGUCCAGGGUAGCAUUGUGGGGGUUGAUGCUAGGAUGCAGAUGGACGAUCACACAGGAUACGCAGCCAAAAUCCUGCGUGUCACAGCUUACAUGCUCGAUAAAGCUGCUGUUUGGCCAGUCACUCAUCUCAUGGCCCGAUGCCUCGAGACUCACGCUACUCACAUGAGAGCCCGAGCCGAAAAGUCCGUCAUUGCAUGCGAAUAA